UCAUACAGGAGCAUUUAGAAAACUACGUAGAAUGUCUCCUCCGCGGCUGACAGGAGCUUUACGCUCCUUUUCUAUUGUCACCAAGAAGGAGGACUUAAAUGAGAACGUCUCCGAUCUCAAGUGUACUUCCUUUCCACUUGGACCAGUGUGAAUUGGAACUUUUGCAGUUAUCAAAUGGUGGUUAAUGGAGUCCAUCUCCAUUACAAGGCAUGCCUUUUCUCUCCUGUGGCCAAGGCUGAUAUAUUUUAAAGGGAGCUCCAGGAUAUUCCAUAUGAAGAGCCCUGCGUGAGAAGCAGAGCUCAAACGUAUGAAGAAACGGGAGCUGUUUGGAAGAGAAGGGCUCACAUGGCAGAAGAUUCUGCAUUUUUGCACUGAUCAUCAGGACAAAAUGAAGCAACAUGCUGUCCAUCAGGAAUUAAAGAACCUUCUUUCUGCAGCCAAAGAGAUAGUGGGGACUGAAAAUGGUCAAGAGGCUGUUGAACACGCUGCUGUCUUUCUCUUUGAAAUUUUCCACGACAAAGACCAUGUGGGCAGACAGGAGACUGAGGCCAUUAAGGAGAUGUUUGGCCCUUUUCCCUCAUCUGCUGCCGAAUUAUUUUUUGCUUGUGUGGUACGACUGGUGGAUUCACUUAACUAUUCUGGAAUGAAGGAAUUUAUCCACUCCUAUCGCUCACCUCACACACUUCACCAUGGGUCUUCUUUCGGAUGUAACAUUGCUUUUACCCAUGAUUGCUAUAAGCUUGACCCGCUCGAAGAACUGCUGUGCUCUGGCAUCCAAAAUCAAAACAUGAGCAUAGACUUUCACAAUUUCCUAAAGACCCAACCAAGCAGGAUGAAUGUUGUCAAUGAUGGAGAGAUGUUUACCACAGAAAAGUCUUGGAUGAAUGGAGCUAUCCUCAGGACAGAAGUGGAGAAAUAUCUGAAUGAAGGAAAUAUGAUAUCUUCUAGCCCAGAGGAUCUUUGCACCUCUAUAUUUGAGAUGCUUGCCUCUCACAAAAGCAAUGAUGAGCUACAGAAUGAGUUAUUUGAGCUGCUUGGCCCAGAAGGUUUAGAAAUGAUCUACACACUUUUGCAGAAAAGGGAAGUUAUUGUUGACUCCCCGCAAAACAUUCCACCACUUUCCAGGGGACAGUCAGGUAAUUUAAAUGAUUCCGUCCGAAAACUCAGUGACGAAGUUACAAGGCCAGCCUAUGGCUGUCAGGUGACCAUUCACUCUGAACAAGAAAGACAUUUGAUGAAGAUAUUUCGCAGGGAAGAGAAGAGAGAGAGGAAAAGGGGAAAAGGAACUGAUGAUGUGGAAUGCUCAGAUGCUAUCUUGAAUUUUGACCCAAAAGAGAUGAGAACCCAACGGGAGCAGGCUUUGUUGACUGCACGACAUGAACCUGUACUUGGUAGAGAACGAGUGUAUGAACGGAUUAAAUACCCAAAUGUCUAUGACAGCUAUGCCGACGCCACAAAAACACACGCUUUUGUUGGAGGAGCAACGAUGCUGCUACCUCUGGGAAUCCGCAGAGAAAAUACUAAAAUGUACGAAGAGGUGGAGAUUCCACCUAAUGCACCAAUGCCGAUUGGCUUUGAAGAGAAGCCCAUCUACAUCACUGAACUGGAUGAAAUUGGACAACUGGUAUUCAAAGGAAUGAAGCGUCUGAACAGGAUCCAGUCAUUGGUGUUUGAGACUGCCUACAACACCAACGAAAACCUGCUAAUCUGUGCCCCAACUGGAGCUGGCAAGACCAACAUCGCCAUGCUGACCGUCCUACAUGAGAUUCGGCUACACCUACAACCUGGUGGUAUCAUCAAAAAGAAUGAAUUCAAGAUUGUGUAUGUUGCUCCAAUGAAGGCUUUGGCAGCUGAGAUGACCAACUAUUUCAGUAAGCGAUUGGAGCCACUGGGCAUUGCUGUCAAAGAACUCACUGGCGACAUGCAGUUAACCAAAGGGGAAAUUCUUCAAACUCAGAUGUUAGUGACCACCCCAGAGAAGUGGGAUGUUGUGACAAGAAAGAGUGUUGGAGACAUUGCUCUAUCCCAGAUUGUACGUCUCUUAAUCUUGGAUGAAGUUCACCUUCUUCAUGAAGAUCGAGGACCAGUACUGGAGAGCCUUGUGGCCCGGACCAUCAGACAGGUGGAAUCCACCCAGAGUAUGAUUAGGAUUCUGGGAUUGUCAGCCACUCUUCCAAACUAUCUAGAUGUGGCAACCUUUUUGCAUGUCAACCCGUAUAUUGGCCUCUUCUUCUUCGACAGUCGUUUCAGACCAGUGCCGCUCGGACAGACCUUUGUGGGGAUCAAAUCUACGAACAAGAUCCAGCAAAUUCAUGACAUGGAGGAAGUGUGCUAUAACAAGGUUGUUGAACAAGUCAAAGCUGGUCAUCAGGUAAUGGUGUUCGUCCAUGCUCGUAACGCCACAGUGAGGACGGCCAUGGGGCUAAUAGAGAUGGCUAAGAACCGUGGAGAAGCAUGUGUCUUUCAACCAGACCAGGGUCCAGACUACGGCCAGUGUGAAAAACAGGUCCAUCGGUCUAGAAACAAGCAAAUGAAGGAGAUGUUUCCAGAAGGUUUUGGGAUCCACCAUGCAGGCAUGCUGCGGGCUGACCGCAAUCUGAUGGAGAGUAUGUUCUCGAGGGGGUACCUCAAGGUGCUUGUCUGUACUGCCACCCUUGCCUGGGGAGUGAACCUACCAGCCCAUGCUGUUAUCAUUAAGGGGACACAGAUUUAUGAUGCCAAGCGUGGUGCCCUGGUGGAUCUUGGCAUCUUGGAUGUGAUGCAGAUUUUUGGUCGUGCAGGCCGUCCUCAGUUUGACAAGUAUGGGGAGGGCACCAUCAUUACGACCCAUGACAAGCUCAGCCAUUACCUGACCCUGCUCACCCAGCAGAACCCCAUUGAGAGUCAGUUUCUUGUCAGCCUGGCUGACAAUCUCAAUGCUGAGAUUGCUUUGGGUACAGUCACCAAUGUGGAUGAGGCAGUGAGGUGGCUCAGUUACACUUAUCUCUACGUGCGCGUGAGGGCUAAUCCACUUGCAUAUGGUAUAAGCUACAAGGCCUUGCAGAUGGAUCCCUCCUUAGAGCUGUACAGAAAAGAAAUUGUGAUUGAUUCUGGCAGGAAGUUGGACAAAGCCAGGAUGAUCCGCUUUGAAGAGCGCACAGGCUACUUUGCCUCGACUGAUCUGGGGAGGACAUCCAGCCACUUCUAUAUCAGAUACAACACAAUAGAGACAUUCAAUGAACUUUUCAACUCUCAGCGAACAGAAGCGGACAUCCUCAGUAUUGUCUCCAAGGCUGAAGAAUUUGAACAGCUAAAGGUUCGUGAUGAAGAGCUGGAGGAGCUGGAGCAGCUGCUGUGCAACUACUGUGAGCUACCUGCAGCAGGUGGAGUGGAAAAUGGCUAUGGCAAGGUCAACAUUCUGUUGCAGACAUACAUAAGUCGUGGAGAUGUUGACAGCUUCUCCCUUAUCUCAGACCUUUCAUAUGUGGCCCAGAAUGCUGCUCGAAUUGUCAGGGCACUGUUUGAGAUUGCUCUAAGAAAGCGUUGGCCGGCCAUGACAUAUCGACUGCUUAGACUCUGCAAAGUCAUUGACAAACGGCUUUGGGGCUUUGCCCACCCUCUUCGCCAGUUCUCCAAUUUAAGCCACAUUGUACUGACUCGACUGGAGGACAAGAAUCUCACUGUUGAUAAACUAAAGGAUAUGAGAAAGGAUGAAAUUGGCCACAUGCUACAUCAUGUAAACAUUGGGUUGACAGUCAAACAGUGUGUCCAUCAGAUCCCUUCGAUCACAUUGGAGGCCAACGUUCAACCAAUCACACGAACUGUCCUACGCGUCCGUCUUAUUGUCACUCCUGACUUUUAUUGGAAUGAUCAGGUGCAUGGGUCUGUGGCUGAGCCAUGGUGGUUAUGGGUGGAAGACCCAAUUAAUGAUCACAUUUACCACUCUGAGUACUUCCUUCUCCAGAAAAAGCAGGUGGUGACAGUAGAAGCCCAGCAUAUAGUUUUCACAAUUCCCAUCUUUGAACCUGUCCCCUCUCAGUACUACAUAAAAGGAGUGUCUGACCGUUGGCUUGGUGCUGAAGCCAUCUGCAUCAUCAACUUCCAGAACCUUAUCUUACCUGAACAGCACCCCCCACACACUGAGUUGUUGGACCUGCAGCCGUUGCAAGUGACAGCUUUGGGAUCCCCGGCAUAUGAAAGCUUGUACAACUUCACUCAUUUCAAUCCAAUCCAGACACAGAUCUUCCACACACUCUAUCACACUGACACUAAUGUCUUGCUUGGGGCACCAACGGGCUCUGGAAAGACCAUAGCUGCUGAGCUGGCCAUGUUCAGAGUCUUCAACAAGUACCCAAGCUCUAAGGUGGUGUAUAUUGCCCCUCUUAAAGCGCUAGUCAGAGAAAGAAUUGAGGACUGGAAAGUCAGGAUAGAGGAGAAACUGGGGAAAAAGGUGGUGGAACUGACAGGUGAUGCGACCCCAGAUAUGAGAGCUAUCGCCCAGGCUGAUCUCAUCGUCACCACACCAGAGAAGUGGGAUGGAGUCAGCAGAAGCUGGCAAAAUAGAAGCUACGUUCAGAAAGUUGCAAUCCUGAUCAUUGAUGAAAUCCACCUUCUUGGGGAAGAUAGAGGUCCAGUGUUGGAAGUCAUUGUGUCAAGGACAAACUUCAUCUCCUCGCACACCUCUAAAGGUGUUCGAAUUGUCGGUCUCUCCACUGCUCUGGCUAAUGCGCGAGACCUUGCAGACUGGUUAGGAAUCAUACAGGUGGGUUUGUUUAACUUCCGUCCUUCUGUUCGUCCUGUACCACUGGAGGUUCACAUCCAUGGUUUCCCAGGACAGCACUACUGUCCCCGCAUGGCCACCAUGAACAAACCCACCUUCCAAGCAAUACGUAGUCAUUCUCCAGCUAAACCAGUCCUGAUCUUUGUCUCAUCCCGUCGUCAAACCCGACUGACAGCCCUGGACCUCAUAGCAUACCUAGCGACAGAAGACAACCCCAAACAGUGGCUGCAUCAGGACGAGAGAGAAAUUGAGGACAUCAUUGCCACAAUACGGGAUUCUAACUUGAAGCUAACUUUGGCAUUUGGAAUCGGAAUGCAUCACGCUGGUCUGCAUGAGCGAGACAGAAAAACUGUUGAGGAACUGUUUGUCAAUUGCAAGAUCCAGGUUUUGAUUGCCACAAGCACUCUGGCUUGGGGAGUAAACUUCCCUGCUCAUCUGGUGGUUGUCAAAGGAACAGAAUACUAUGAUGGAAAGACCAGGCGAUACGUUGACUACCCUAUUACAGAUGUUUUGCAGAUGAUGGGGCGAGCAGGUCGACCUCAGUUUGAUGACCACGGCAAAGCAGUUAUUCUUGUCCAUGACAUCAAAAAAGAUUUCUACAAGAAAUUUCUCUACGAGCCUUUCCCUGUUGAGUCCACCCUCCUUAGUGUGCUGUCAGACCAUUUGAAUGCAGAGAUUGCUGCAGGGACGAUUUCUUCCAAGCAAGAUGCAAUGGACUACAUCACCUGGACUUACUUUUUCAGACGACUGGUGAUGAACCCCAGGCGGGGGCCAGGAUUUGAAAGUCUCAACGCCUGCAUGAAGCUUAAUCUGACGAUAUAUGAAACAGACUCCAAAGCCAUAGGCAAAACCGUGCAGCACCAGAUGUCACAUCAAUGUUACUAUAGCUUGGAAAACAUCAGUCAUGACUCCAUUAACAAGUAUCUGUCUGGCCUGGUGGAAAGGAGCCUACGGGACUUGCAGUGCUCCUACUGCAUUGAAAUAAAAGAGGAUGACCAGGUGAUUGAGCCUCAGACUUAUGGUCGUAUUGCAUCAUAUUACUACCUGAAGCACCAGACCAUCCGCUUGUUUAAAGAAAGACUAAGAGCUGAACUUCCCAUCCAUGAGAUUCUUUCCAUUUUGACAGAUGCAGAAGAGUAUGCUGAGCUUCCUGUGAGACACAAUGAAGACCAACUCAACUGCCAGCUGGCUCAACAGCUCCCCCUGAAGGUCAAUGCACAUUCCUAUGACAAUGCCCACACGAAGACUCACUUACUCCUUCAGGCUCACUUCAGCAAUGCCCAGUUACCAUGCAGUGACUAUUCAACUGAUACCAAGACUGUUCUGGACAAUGCCAUUCGAAUCUGUCAGGCUUUGCUUGAUGUAGCAGCCAAUGAGGGCUGGCUUGUUACAGCUUUAAGCAUCUGCAACCUAGUGCAGAUGAUUGUCCAAGGCCGCUGGCUGCAUGAUUCUUCAAUACUGACGCUGCCACAUUUGGAACAACGGUACCUCUGCAUGUUCAGGAAAUGGUCAAACCAGAACGGAGGGGGUAGGACAGGAUCCGACAGCGGACCAAUUGAAGGGCUUCCUGAGCUGAUAACUGUCUGCAGUGGAAAGGAAAGGAUUUUUAAAGCAAUUGUUGGAGAUGAGUUUCCUUCAAGUCAUGUUACUCAGAUGUGGGAUUUCCUCAGUCAUCUUCCUGUACUCGAGGUUGCAUUGAGUGUCAAGGGAUGGUGGGAGGCGAGCCAACAACAAACAGAAUGCCAUUUGCCUGCUACUGGAGCACACCUGAGAGGGGCCAGGAGCUGGCUGGAUGUCCAUGCUGACCAGGAGUAUGUUUUGCAGGUGACACUGAGGCGCAUCAACCAAGCACAGAUGAGGAGGAAUCAGGACAGUAAGGCUCAGGCUCCAAGAUUCCCUAAAGUGAAAGAUGAAGGCUGGUUCCUUGUUGUUGGUGAGGUGGAUCACAAGGCGUUACUGGCAGCCAAACGAAUUGGAUAUGUGCGCAACCACACAACGGUGUCUAUGGCCUUCUACACACCAGAGAAAACUGGAAAAUGUAUCUACACGCUCUACUUGAUGAGCGACAGCUACCUGGGCCUGGACCAGCAGUAUGACAUUCACCUCAAUGUGAUACCAGCCAGCAUCGCUGCCCAGGUCAACACAGAGGUCACAGACUAGAUUACAGGAUCCUCCAGCUGCUGUUGGCUAGUCAAGAAUUACAAGUAGCAGAAUAAUGUUGUUCCUGAUACUGUGCCAUCAGUGUGUCAAUGACCUUUUACAUUACCUUCCAUGAAUAUCGUGUGAGAAAGUGCGACAAGAACUUAAAACCUAAAGGGUAGAAAAGUUUUUGAUAAAUGCAGCACUUUUAACAUGGUUUGUUUUUGUAAACCCUUAAAAUCACAUUGCGUUACUCGAAAUGGGAGUCUUCAUGUUUACAUAUUUCACAAGUAUGAAAACUGCUUCCUGAAGUUCAAAAAGUUGCCUGGUUGAUGGAAGAUUCUAAAUUUUUCAUUUGUGUUUGUCACCCCAUGGUGAAAUUAUUGAUGGGCAAAUAAAACGUAAAACAAUA